AAAUAUUUUACCAAAGGAUUAAUGCCGCUAACAGUUUUAAUGGUGUUAUUAUUUCAUAAAAGAAAUGACAAUUAUUGUGAGAAACAUUAGUGGACGUCGAAUAUUUUAUUUUAGUGUUGUUGUUUUACUCAGUAUUCUUUAUAUAAUUUAUGUUAAUUUGUGUGAGACAGAAAUUUUAAAAGAAAAGGAAAAUAUUUUUGUAACUAAACCAUAUCUGAUAAACACUCCAGGAUGUACUAUAGAAAACAUCGAUGUCUACAGUGCAGAAAUAAGGGCUUUAUUAUACAAAGUAAAUCCUAUUUACUGUACAGAUAAACCACUCAUAACUUACAUCACUAGAAAUGGAAAUCUAAUGGAACUGAAUAUAAACAAAGAAGUCCUUAACGAAUAUAGUUAUUUCAGUGUGCACUGUUGUUAUGUAACUGUUAAAAGAAAUCCUGUAGGACCAAGUCCUGACGAUAAUCUCAUUUUUUCAGAUUGUAUAUCCUUUGAUAAAAGUGUCAUAAUAGACGAAGAAGUUGUUAAAGUGAAAUGUGCCAAUGUAUUUCGUACCAUCUACGAAAAUGUACAUGCCGUUUUAAAACCACCAGAGGAGGUAUCCAAUAAAAAUGACCCCAACGUUAUCUUCAUAGGGAUAGACGGUGUUUCGGCAUCGAAUUUCAUUAGAACAAUGCCACUAACUUACAAUCAUUUAAAAAAUUCUGGAUGGAUCAAUCUGAAAGGCUAUAACAAAGUUGAAGAUAACACGUUUCCAAAUAUUAUUGCUGCAUUUGCCGGUGCCACAUUUUCUUACCACGAAACUUAUGAUCCCGAAAAUUGUAAUCCAUUUGAAACUGAAAAAUUGGAAGCUUGUAAUUUUCUCUGGAAAAUGUUUAAAAGUGUUAAUUACAGCACGGCUUAUGGAGAAGAUACUCCAAAAAUUGGCACUUUUAACAGUAAUAAAGCAGGUUUCGUCACUGCACCGACAGACUAUUACUUUCGUCCAUACUUUUUAACUGCAGACCAACUGACGCCCAAAUAUUUGUGCUUAAAACCCUACUGUACAGGUCCGGAGAAAACCGGAACUAGAAUGCAAAAUUUAAUUCUAGAUUUUCUAAAUGCUAUAAAGGGAAGAACACCUGGUUUUGGUUUGUUCUGGAUGAACACAUUUAGCCAUGAAGAUGUCAAUUGUCCUUCGUCCAUGGACGAAGAAUUUGAAAUGUUCUUUAAAAAUUUAAGUACAAAUGGACACUUAGAAAAUUCCAUUAUGGUAUUUUUUAGCGACCAUGGUUUUAGAUUUGGGAAAAUGAGACUUACACCAACUGGCUGGUUCGAGGAAAGACUGCCAUUUAUUCAUGUUUGGAUUCCUGAAAAUUUUAGAAAAGCGCAUGUAGAAGAAUACCAGUACCUUCUAGAAAACACUGAAACACUAACGUCCCCUUACGAUCUAUAUAUGACUAUGCAACAUAUAAUCUACCUCUACAACCCAAACUUCGUCCCUCAACCAGCCGCAGGAUGCUCACGAUGCAGCUCUCUAUUCGAAAAAAUCCCUCCAGAACGAACUUGUAAAGACGCGGGAAUCCCCGAACAUUAUUGUACGUGUUCGAAUUACAAACGAAUCGACAAAUAUUCUUCGAAUGCUCAAAAAAUUGCUUCGUUUUUCGUCAACGAACUGAACAAAAUAAUUAGAUCCUAUGGAUCCGUAUCGAAAGGAUGUGCUUCAUUUUCUUUGGAGAAAAUAUCUCAUAUUAAAAACCUUGUUAUCGAACCUGGUAUAGAAGAAAACUAUCUAAUCGGUAUCGUGACCAAUCCUGAAGCAAAUUUCGAGGCUACUGUGAAAGUGACGUUUCAAAAAGAAAAACUCAUGGUGUUAAAUCAGGUCAAUAGAUUGGAUAGGUACGCUCCUACGUCAUAUUGUGCUAAAGGGCAGGUUCAGAUGUAUUGCUAUUGUAAAAGUGUGUUGAAGAAAUUAACGAACGUAUUUUGUAAUAAUAAAUAUUGUUUUAUAUAAUUUUUAUAUUUAGACCAAAUGUGAUUUAGGGUUUGAGAUUAUAAAUAAUUUUUAUUUAAAUUCGUGAAAAUUUGUCGCUCUAGUAAGCAGGUGAAUCACGUCUGUUUAAAGAAAUUUUAUUUUCAAUGCAAUAAUUUGAUACUAUACAGAAAUUUAUUAAAAAAUAUAUUUAGUAAUUUAUGUGUUUAUUUUUAUCACCGUUUUACUAAUUUCUAAGAAUACAUAAUACAUCACUAAAUGUAUUUUUAGUUGUAAACGAGUCAUUUAUUUUUUAAUAUCACAUAUUACUAGAAGUCGUUAAAUUUAAAAUAACAAUAAAAAUGUAUUUGAUAUACAUGUUUGUAAAUCAUUUGAUACAAUCACAGUUAAAUACAAAAGAUAUACAGGGUGUUUGUAAAUAAUUGCGAAAUAUUUUAAGAGGUGGUUGCCGAAGUUAUUUUGUUAAAAAAGUUCCUGUAAAAAAGUCAGUGGCGCACCAUAAUCACUCCCUAAAAUCUUUCGCACUUAUAUUUAUACCUUGUAUAAAUAAGUUACAUAUUUGAUGUUAGUUAUACAAAACCAUAUACUCCAACCAAAAAGUAACAAUAAGAGACUGAACAUGUAGAAUUAUUGUUUUUUUAUGAAUAAAUUUAAUUUUUAUUAACAAUUUUAUUUCACAGAAGUGACGUUUUCAGCAGGAAAAUUUCUUGGAUAAUAUACAUUUAGCUUCUAUCGAAAAAUUAUAAAAUAU